UGGCAACACUGCUGCACGGCACGGUCGUCCAAUUAAGUUAAUUUUGUUAAGUAAACAUACAAGUGCACUGUCGCCGCGCGCACCCACGUAACCGUAAAGCCGCCCACACCGCAGUAUUCAGCUAGAAAUUCGUAAGCUUGCCGUAGUUACGCUAGCAUUUCGGUCCACGUGUGGAAGUUGCGAAGGAAAACCGAUUCACGCACUCGAAUACGCACACACACACUCGUGAACGCGCAGCAAGGAACACGUACACAAAUGCGCGCGAGGGAAAAGCGCUAGGUCAGAGGAAAGUGAAAAGUGAAAAGCGAAAAGCGCGUCAGGGAUUCGCACUCUCGAUAUACGCACGUAACUCGAAAGGAAAAUGCCGCUGCUCGCGUACCGGGAGAAGCACAUUCUAAGUGCCCAGCAGCUGAGGAAACUCAGCGAGCACAAGUACUCCUGUUUCAGUGCCAGCCUCUUGGAUCCCCUGCUGCAACCCUGGUGGAAUUGGCUGGUCGCCCAGACGCCACUUUGGCUGGCCCCCAAUCUCAUCACCAUCGUGGGAUUGAUCCUGAAUGUUGUCACCACGCUGAUAUUAAUCUGCUAUAGUCCAAAUGGCGUUGAGGCGCCGCCACGUUGGACCUGUGUGCUGUGUGCCCUGGGCCUGUUCAUCUACCAGAGUCUGGACUCCAUCGACGGGAAGCAGGCGCGUCGCACGAAUACCUCCUCGCCGCUGGGCGAGCUCUUUGACCACGGCUGUGACUCCAUAUCCACGGUGUUCGUGGCCCUGUCGGCCUGCAUCUCCUGCCAACUGGGUCACUAUCCCAACUGGCUCUUCUUCCAGUGCUUCUGUGCUAUAGCUCUCUUCUACUGCGCCCACUGGCAGACGUAUGUGUCUGGAACAAUGCGCUUCGGUCGCAUCGACGUGACGGAGGCGCAGUUCUCGAUCAUUGCCAUUCACCUGGUGUCCGCUGCUCUGGGCCCCGAGAUCUGGUUGACCAAGAUCGGCAUUGGCAGUAUAGAGCUUUGGUAUGGGCCGGCAAUGACGACCAUUGUGUGCGGUCUGCUCUCCCUAACUUAUGUAUUUUCCGUCAUUAAAGCCGGUGGUGUUGGCAAGAAUGGCUCCACAGUUGCUGGCACCAGUGUCCUGUCGCCCAGCAUCCCGCUCACGCUGGUCGUGCUGCCCGCCCUGAUGAUUGCCCAGAAGUCGCCGCAGAACAUCUUCACCGAGCACGCCUCGGUUUACAUCCUGGCCUUCGGAAUGGUGGCCGCCAAGGUCACCAACAAGUUGGUGAUUGCCCACAUGACCAAGUCGGAGAUGGAGUACCUGGACUGGUCGCUGCUUGGUCCCUCGCUGCUGUUCCUCAACCAGUACUUCAACUGCAUCGUGCCGGAGAUCUGGCUGCUGUGGUUCACCCUCAUCUGGGGCACCCAGGACCUGCUGCGCUACUGCGCCCAGGUCUGUCUGGAGAUCUGCCAGCACCUGCGCAUCAAUCUCUUCCGGAUACCGUACACGCCCAAGGGCGUGACUCUGCAUCCGGAAACCGCAUCGGUGAGCAGCCAGAGCAACUUUGGCAGCAGUGCGGACAAGAACGGUGGCACCGCGCAUCGAAAGUCCAAGAGCAAACCGCACUAGGUGUCGGUUUCGGUUUCCCGCUACUUUAAUUAGUUUUCUUUUACAAAUUUACGUCGUUAGUGACGAGGGAUACUCGUAGGAGCAGGUGGAGCGCAAUUAUUACAAAAGAAAAACCCGUAAACACAACCCAACAAAAUUCACCGUCGAUGUUUAAACAGAAACGAAACAAAGAAACAGGAUUAACACAACAAAACGAAUUGAAAAUAACAAAAGAAAUAAAAGAAAAGCAAAUAGAAAACGUUAGCGAAAGGGCGAAGCAAAAUGUUGCUCCUACAUUUUAGAAUAUAGUUUACAACACGUUGUUGUAGCGAAGAAUGCGAGGUGGCUAGGGCUGCUGGGAGAAAGAACUGUUGCAGUCUCCGAUAUCAAUUAUAUGGCUAAAUAUAUAAAUAUAAAUAUAUUUUGUAUGAUUGUGUAAGUUGUAAUAAAUCUAGAUUGCAGUAUUUUUACUGUGCUAAAUCACA